UUAAUCUGAUAGCCGUCGAAUCCUGAAACUGAAAGAUAAGGAAGACGACGAAAUCCGUUUUACACCGUGACGGCCACUCCCUCGUCGCCUCGUUCUCCUCCGUCCACGUGUCCCCUGAAGCUUUCGUUCACCGAUCUUCCACUUUCCCUAUAAAAGAAGAAUCUUAUCCUCUUCCCCCUCGAAAAAAGCAAGCCCAAUCUUUAUUUCAUUGAUUAUAGUGAUUUUGUUGCCGUUAUUCCUUUGCUGGGUCUCCUUUAUUUUUCUUCGUCGUAGCUUUUAUUUUCUGGGUUUUUGAGUGAGAAUAUUGGGAAAGAUCAUCAUGGAUCAUGCAGCAGAUGCACACAGGACUGAUUUGAUGACUAUAACUCGUUUCGUCUUGAACGAACAAUCCAAAUAUCCCGAGUCGCGUGGAGAUUUCACCAUCCUACUCAGUCACAUCGUUCUUGGUUGCAAGUUCGUUUGCACUUCUGUUAACAAGGCUGGUCUGGCCAAACUCAUUGGACUUGCAGGGGAGACCAAUAUUCAGGGUGAGGAGCAAAAGAAACUGGAUGUGCUUUCAAAUGAAGUCUUUAUCAAGGCUUUAGUGAGCAGUGGCAGAACUCGUAUCCUGGUAUCUGAAGAAGAUGAAGAGGCGAUUUUCGUGGAGCCCUCAAAGCGUGGAAGGUACUGUGUAGUUUUUGAUCCACUAGAUGGCUCCUCCAACAUCGACUGCGGUGUUUCGAUCGGAACAAUUUUUGGGAUUUACAUGGUGAAAGAUGACCAUGAACCAACUCUAGAUGAUGUGCUGCAACCUGGGAAGCAAAUGGUAGCCGCAGGCUAUUGCAUGUAUGGAAGCUCUUGCACGCUUGUGUUGAGCACUGGGAAUGGAGUUAAUGGAUUCACCCUCGAUCCGUCUCUUGGUGAGUUCAUACUAACUCACCCAGACAUCAAGAUUCCGAAGAAAGGGAAGAUCUAUUCAGUUAAUGAAGGAAAUGCCAAGAAUUGGGAUUCUCCAAUGGCCAAGUACGUCGAAAAAUGCAAGUUCCCUAAGGAUGGUUCCUCUUCCAAGUCUCUGAGAUAUAUUGGAAGCAUGGUAGCCGAUGUCCAUCGCACAUUACUCUACGGGGGUACCUUUAUGUACCCUGCUGAUAAGAAGAGCCCGAACGGGAAGCUGCGUGUCCUGUACGAGGUCUUCCCGAUGUCGUUCUUGAUCGAAAAAGCUGGAGGUCAAGCAUUCACCGGCAAACAACGGGCACUUGACUUGGUUCCAACAAAGAUACACGAAAGGUCUCCAGUAUUUCUUGGCAGCUAUGAUGAGAUUGAAGAAAUUAAAGCACUGUAUGCCGCUGAAGGCCAAAAGGAAUAAAUGUAUCUCUCUUAUCUUUACCGGAUUCAGUUUUCAAUCCUCACUUUCAUAAGAUUUAAUCCGUUUCAA